CAAACGAUCCAACAUUUCAAUUUCGAACAGUAACUGGUCCUAACAUUAAAAACAUGUCUUUAAAAGUUGUUUCUGGGGACACAUUUAAAAUAGCUUGUACUUCGAAUGGUCAGCCGGAACCAACUUACAGUUGGAGUUACAAUGACAAAAUCAACAAAAGUCAGGUAUUGACCGUAUCGUCAAUACUAAAUGACCUUGUUGCAACCUGUGUUGCUAGCAAUGUGAUGAAUGAGACAGUUGGUGAACUUCGUGAAGGAAUGGCUCAAGCAAGUGUAACGAUCAAUGUGUUAUAUCCGCCGAUGUCGCCCACAAUUUCAUUGCAAGCAGACAUGAGUAAUGUAGUGAACGUUUCGAAUGAAAUUACGGUCAUAGAAAGACAGUCAUUCACGUUAGAAUGUCAAACAAUCAGCAAACCAGUUUCAUCUUACUCUUGGUACGGACCCUUUACUUCGACAUCGUCCCUGCUUCCUCUUAGAGACAUAACUAGAGAACAAUCAGGGACUUACAGCUGUUAUUCUUUCAAUGAAAUGCAACGGACAUUUGGUACAAAGGAAAAGGGGGAAAAUAGUACAAGCAUUGCAGUCCAUGUUUUAUAUGCCCCUGAAAUCGGGAACCUUCAGCCUGCAAAAGCUAUUGAGAGAUCGUUACUUAACAUCACAUGUCCUGUAGUGAAAGGUUAUCCAAAUGCCUAUACAGUGUUUUGGACGAGAAAAAGUGAUGGACAGUUUUGGGACGGGCAAAACUUAUUAAUUCCCGAAAUAUCCCGCAAUGACACAGGAAUGUACACUUGUACGGUAAAUAACACAAUGAUGCCUACUGCGGGGGAAGUAGUGUAUGGAAGAAAUAACAGAUCCAUUGAACUGGAAGUGUACUAUGAGGCAAGCGUAUCUGAUUUCUAUGUUAAAAAACAUUAUGGCAUAAAUCCAGUUGUUAUAGAGGAAAACGCAACUGUAGAACUACGCUGUAACUUAGCAAGUAAUCCAAAGCCGAAUGUAACGAUUUUUCAUAUGUCAAAUAUUUUAAAGCGCCAAGAAGGAACACUAUCUAUGUCACACAUGCUUAAGACAUUAAGAUGUGAACAAUCCGGAGUUUAUAAAUGCACAGGGAUAAAUGCAUACAAUGAUUUAACACCAGCUGAAAAAUAUUUAACCUUAUAUGUACGCUGCUUUCCCCGACCGUCACCCCAUGUGAUAUUGCAAACCAAGUUUUUCCUAGAUGAACAUGACAGAGUCACUAUUAGCUUCACGGUAAUAGCGUAUCCUAUCCCCGCAGCAAAUGAUUAUAAAUGGCGAAAAUAUGUUGGUUCUGUUUGGAUACCUCUAGAAAACAAUGGCAAUAUUAUUAUAGACACAUCGGGGUUGCAGACGAAUCUUACGAUUGUUGAUGUUGGACAAACAGAUUUUGGAACAUAUAGAUUAGAGAUUCAGAAUCCUGUUGGUAUCUAUGAACAAAGGUUUUCAGUCGGACCAAAAGUGAAACCCGAACCGCCCAGUAAUUUUGAACAUUUAGAGAAUUCUGCAUCUGAAGAAUCUCUCACUGUACAAUGGAAACCAGGCUUAGACGGUGGAUAUCCGCAGACAUUUAUCCUUAGAUACAGGAAAGCAUCCGAGAAGAUAUGGAAUGAAAUUUCUAUUGAACACGAAAGCGAAAAUACAAUUAAUUAUACACUGACUGGUUUAGCAAGUGGCACAGAAUACGAUAUUGAAAUUUAUUCUUUUAACAAACUAGGACAAUCGGCACCUACAGUUACAUUGCGCAUUAAAACACAAGAUAUACAGAGAGAUGCCAUGACCAGUAAUCCUUCAUACAUUGGUAUAGCAGCUGGGUCUGCUGCAGGGCUUAUAGUUAUAAUUGCAGGAGUGGUUGUGAUUAUAGUUGUUCGGCGGCGAAGAUCAGGAAACAGUCAACAGAGUCAAGAACUUGUCAGAUAUGAAAAUGAAGAUGCUUUAAAACAAAAAAGACCUAUGUCAGACGGGAAAAAUGAAGAUUACGAAGAAAUUGGUCCACCAGUGGUACAGCGGGAACCCUAUGAAAGACUAAAAACAAAUAGAGAAACCCUCCAUGCAUACCAGGAUAUAGACGAAUCUGAAGUAAGCCAUGGUGAUAAACGUCCAAAGGAAAUACACGUCGAAAUUGGGAAGGUCGGGAAAGCAGGCCAAAUCGUUCGAUAUGUUACAAAGGAAGCGGAACAUGAAGAGAAAAAAAUAUUAGCCCCGCCACCUAGACCAAAAGGCAAAACUACAAGCAAUGAUUGUGCAUUAACGGAUUAUGAAAACCUACCAUGAAUCUAUUCCAUGAUUUCUUCAAUUAUUGAAAGUCCAUUGAUAAACACACUUUUGCCGAGACAUUCGAUAUUUUGUUUUACUGUUGAUUGUAAAUAAAAGCUUAAGCGAUGUUGGCAUUCAUUUUAAAUGUAAUAAAAGACAUUUUGUAACAAUUUUGAUAACUAAUAAUAGUGAUGUAUUAAGACCAAAAAAGAGUUCAUGCUUGUAAGUGCAGCAGCUGUCUGAAUAAUCAAGAUAUUGCCAUACAUUAUCAUUUAUAACAAAAUGAAUGUGUUAUAUUCUCUUAUGUUAGAGACUUUAGAGAUGUUAGAGAUUUCUUACUUUGUAAUGUAAAUAAACUAAUUGUAAAUGUAUAUUGUAUAAACAUGAAAUAAAAUAAACCCCGAUAAA